AUGGGCAAUGGAACAUUCAUCACUGAAUUUGUUCUUCUGGGAUUUCCUGAAUUUCACGCAAUACGGAUGGUGUUUUUUGCUGUUGUUCUCCUGAUGUACCUCAUUUCAGUCUCGGGCAACUGUUUAAUCAUCACAGUGGUCUUUAUGGAACCCAAACUCCACAUGCCCAUGUAUUUCUUCCUCAGCAACUUUUCCUUGGGGGAACUCUGGACCACCACAGUAAUAGUGCCGAAGAUGCUGACCAACCUUGCCUUGGACCAAAACACCAUCUGCUUCACAUGCUGUAUGGCACAAAUCUAUAUUGCUUUCUCGGUGGGAGCCACACAGUUCUUCAACCUCACGGUCAUGUCUUUUGACCGUUACACAGCCAUUUGCAAACCUUUUCUUUAUAACGCCAAGAUGACAAACAGGCUCUGCUUGUCUCUUGCGUUGCUGACUUGGUUCAGUGGGUUUACCAUUAACUUUUUCCAGGCUAUCGUUGUUUGGGCUUAUCCGUUCUGUAGGCACAACGUCAUCGAUCACUUCUUCUGCGAUGCUGGGCCUGUUUUUAAAUUAGCUUGUGUCGACACAACUUUGAUGGAGCUCAUUGGUGUCCUUUAUGGGGCGAUCGUCAUGUGGGGUUCAUUUCUCUUCACGCUGGUUUCUUAUGCAUGCAUUAUAACCACCAUAGUUCGGAUCCCAUCUGUCAGUGGACGGUCAAAAGCAUUUUCCACGUGCUCUUCCCAUCUCACUGUUGUUGGCAUCCUCUACGGAGCAUCACUUUUUAUGUACCUCAGACCAUCAACCCAAAGCGACACUCAAACCAACAAGGUGUUGUACUUCAUUACCGUAGUUGUUAUGCCCACAAUAACCCCUUUCAUCUUCACAAUCAGGAACAAAGACUUCAAAACAGCUGCAAUUAAAUUACUGAAUGCAAUGAGACAAACCCCUUCCUUUGUUUUCAUGACGUUAACGAAGCAGCAGACGCCUUUGAAAAAACGUAUCCCGUGUUCUCAAAAACUGUGCCAUCAUCAGAGGUCUUGUGAGAAGCAAUAA